ACAGUGGCGCGGCUCAUGCAGCGAAGGCCCGUCGCGGUCAUCACGCACGUCAUGGGCACGGGCGUCGCGCUCUUCCUCGCGGGAGGCACCGCCGGCGCGCUCGCCAAGACGUGCACCGCGCCGCUGGACCGCCUGAAGAUCAUCAUGCAAAUCUCCAGCGCCAACCAGCAAACCGCCGCGGCCAAGGCGGCGGCGUCCGGCGGCCUCAUUCCGGCGUUCAUCGCCAUCGGCAAGAGCGAGGGCAUCAAGGGGUACUGGAAGGGCAACGUCCCGCAGGUCAUACGCAUUCUGCCUUACUCCACGGCCAUGCUCAACUCGUAUGAGUUUUACAAGCAGCAGUUCGGCGGCGACCAGUACAGGGAGACGGGCAAGCUGCCCGUGGCUUCGCGCCUGAUGUCCGGCGCCCUCGCCGCGUGCACCGCCACGUUGGUCACCUACCCGCUCGACAUCAUCCGCCUGCGCCUGUCCGUCGAUCCCAACAUGACCACCAUGACGCAGGUGUGCAAGGCUAUCAUCAAGGAGGAGGGCGCCAAGGCGUUCUUCAAGGGCCUCCCGGCGACGUGCCUCUCCAUCUCCCCGUACAGCGCCCUGAACUUCUGCAUGUUCGACCUGAUCAAGAAGGCGAUCCCGGGCGAGGAGACGGCGCAGACGGUGGCGACCGCGUCCUUCAUCGCCACCAUGCUCGCGUCCGGCACGUGCUACCCGCUCGACACCAUCCGCCGCCAGAUGCAGCUGAAGAGCUCGUCCUACGCGAACGUGUUCGACGCGGGCAAGGCCAUCUUGGCUCGCGACGGGGUGGGCGGGAUGUUCCGCGGCUUCGUUCCCAACGUCAUCAAGAACGCCCCGAACAAGUCGGUGCAGCUCACCACCUUUGACGUGUUCAAGCGGAAGAUCAAGGAGUCGGAGAAGGCGCUGGAGGAG